AUGUCUUGGCUACGCACAACCGCCCUCAGCGUGACGGGCAUCGCGGCGAACCUACAGUUGCCUGCGCAACCCCUGCAGUUGCCUAGUCUACACUCAAAGACCAUCGACUUAACGGGCCUCGCGGCAACCGUGCAAACGCUUUCGCUGACAUCGGACGUGCUCUGCUUUCACAGGCGCCUGCGGAUAGCGUGCAUGAGCCUGGCAAACCCGGGCGCUCUGAAGCACCUGGCGGUCGAGGCCGGGUGGCUACUUGGCGACAGGCCGAAGCUCUACAGCCACACGGGCCCUGGCUCGGCCGAAGCCGCUCCGUCUAGGGACCUGGCGGGCCUGCUCCCGCCGUCGCUCGAGACGUUCCGCCUGAUCGUGUUCGACGUAGGCAAGGACCAGAACUGCAGCUACUACGCGACCGACGUCAAACUCAGCCCCCGCCCGCCCUGCUCCGACCCCUGCCACGUGCACUUCAAGACUGGAGUGCGUGACUGGAAAAAGCUCGACGCGGCUUUGAAGCCCCUGUUUGCAAAGGUCCGAGUCAAAUUCUCUGUGACUUACCAGGACACGGCGCCGGAGCGACUUCUUUCGUGGAGAGAGGCUCCUGAGGUUCAGUAG